CGCCGCGCCGCCGCACCCACACGCUGCUGGCUGACCGGUCCUUGCCCGGCGCCGGCUAGCCUCCCUUGCUGCCCCCCGCGCGGAGUGGGCAGCCUCGGCGUCCCCCAGGCCCGGCUCCACGCGGCGCGGCGCCCGAGGGUGUUCCGCCAGUCCAAGCGCCUGGUGGCAUGUACGCCUCUCACACUCGCAGGCUUCUUCGCCGCGACAGGGGAGCCCGUGCCCAUGGCGGCGCCGCCAGGAGGCGCGCGUCGAAGCCUCUGUUGUGCUUCGUCGGCGCCAUCCUCCUCGUCGCGGCCUCUCGCCACACCCUGCUCCCCAAGGUGCCAUUUCUGGGCUCCUUUUGGAGAGUUUCAUUGGCAUCUGGUGCUUACAUUCCCAUGCCCAAAUUUUACGGUGUAAAGUAUGAGCUGCACACGCUCCCUGUGGAUGCGAAGGCGGUGGCCGACGGUGACACAAUCACAGUGUAUGUUGACGCGGCUGACCCUCGUGAGUCCGCCAACGUGCCCCGUGAAGUUCAGCAAGCCGCCGCAGAGCGAACCAAGGCGCGGACGGCCAAGAACUAUGAGAAGGCUGAUAUGCUACAUAAGAUCAUAGUGGAUGCCGGAUAUAGGCAAGUUCCUGACUUGACAGGGAAACAUGUUCUCGCGAAGAAGUACCGGAUCAGGCUAAGAGGGAUUGAUGCACCAGAGAACUCGAUGCCUUAUGGUAAAGAGGCAAAAGAGGAGCUGGUGAGGCUGGUGAAGGGAAGAACCUUAAAGGUUUCCAUAUGUGAUACUGACCGGUACGGUCGAUUAGUUGGAGAUGUUGUCUGCAAUGGUGUCUUCGUGCAGGAACACAUGCUGAAGAAAGGCCUCACAUGGCACUACUCUGCGUAUGAUCGACGGCCUGAGCUCGCAGAGUGGGAGAAGCAGGCGUGGGUGAGCGGGUUGGGCCUGUGGGCGCUGCCGAACCCUGAGAAGCCAUGGGAAUGGAGGAAGGAGAAGCGCGCGAGGAAAUGGUGAAUCAUCCGUGACUCGUGCCCAAAGAUCUCUAGACGACUAGACGAGAACAGUAGCUUCGGACACUGUAUAAUGUUUACUCUGUACCUCAACACUUGCAUGCUGUAACAGCCUCUGUAGAUUGCAGCAGGGAGCAUCGAUUUGUGUAAGCUCCAAUUGGGGACGCAUUCUCUUGUUUGCAUUAGACUGUUGUAAACUUAUAAUGAUUUCUGUAAACCACGAUGUGAUGAUCAGU